AUGAGCAAAACUCAUCCACCAGAGCUCAAAAAGUACAUGGACAAGGAGAUGGAUCUCAAAUUGAACGGCAAUCGCAAAAUCACCGGCAUUCUCCGUGGCUUCGAUCCAUUCAUGAACAUGGUCGUCGAUGAGGCCGUUGAGUACCCAAAAACCGGCGAUCCAAUCCCACUCGGUAUGACCGUCAUCCGCGGAAAUUCGGUAUUAAUCAUGGAGCCAAAGGAGCGGAUCUGA